CACAGUAGUCCACAAUAAAUAUUAGAAGACCUGCACCAUACCUUUGCCCGCUUUAGGCAAAUUAGAUUGUGUUUGAAUUUUAGCUCUCCGCUUUAUAAAGAAGAUAAAAAAUGAGGAAAACUUUAAUCUUCCUGGCAGCGUUCGUGUUUGUAAACAAUGCAGCUGCUCAGAGACUGCAGCGCUACAAUGUUGAUCCAUCUUCGAUCACUGUUUCUGGAAUAUCUUCUGGUGCUGCAAUGGCCACUCAAUUCCAUUUCUCGCAUUCAACUCAAAUCGUUGGUGCAGGAAUUGUGGCUGGAGUGCCCAACUAUUGCGGUAUAGGUGGUCUAGCUGCCGCAAAUCUUUGUAUGUCUAAUCCUAGUUCAGUCAACGUUAAUUUUCUUAUCACGCAAACUAACGGUCUGGCUGCAAGUAACCUAAUUGAUCCGGUAGCAAAUAUACGCGGCGAUAGAGUUUUCAUUUUCCAUGGGACACAAGAUUCAACAAUUCUCCCAGCUUCUGGACGAAACGUGCAGACUAUGUACAAUCAUUAUGGCGCAAACAUUCUCACUGAAUUUUCAAUUCCUGCUGAACACGGUUGGCCAACUCACAACUUCGGUGCACCAUGUAGCGCGUCAUCAGCCAACAAUGCGUUCAUGAACAACUGUGGAUAUCGGGGUGCUUUCAAUAUGUUGAAUUACUUGUACGGUGGAUUAACAUCGCCAGCAGACAAUGCAGGAAAUUUGGGAAAUCUACUCAACUUCGAUCAGGCGGAAUUUUUCGCGCUCGAUCCAAGUCUAUCUAGCAUGAGCCGGAGCGGAUUUAUUUAUGUACCAACAGCAUGUCAAGGUGGUGGAAGAUGUAGGCUUCAUAUAUCGUUCCAUGGAUGUAUGCAAAGCAGCGGCAACAUUGGAAAUAUUUAUGCGACAAGAGCCGGAUUUAUGGAAGUAGCUGAAGUAAAUAACAUCAUUGUACUGUUCCCACAAAUUUCUGCUAUUGCUGUCAAUCCAGCUGCAUGCUGGGACUGGUUCGGUUACCUGAACACUUUGUUUGCUACACGACAAGGUAAUCAAGUUCUUGCUACUCAUCGUAUGAUGACACGGAUCGUACAUGGAUAAAUUUUUAAGAUAGAAUGACGCAUCUAAAUCUACUAUUCUAAAUACAUUUUAAAUUUGAAAAGU